AGAGGAGGGCGAGUCAAAACUCGUUCGCCGGCGUUACGCGCGUAUUUACGCACGAAAACACGAGCAUUCAAGUGCGAGGCGCGAGUGUGGGAGAGACGAGCACCUGCCGCUUGCUGUUCACAUGCCAACAGGGAUUGUCCACAACCAAUGUGGAUGCGAAAGUAAACACCACGGCUUCCCUGCCGUGUGGCCAAGGUAGGAGUGCCGAGCCAGGCUGGGUGGUCUGGUUCAGGGUGGCACGAGGAGCCAGAGGCCAGCCGGUCCCCGUGGCUUUGUGUUCCGAAAAAGAAGCCUUCAUCCCUUCUUGCGAUCGUGAUGGAGGGGGCGCAUCAGGGGUGGGGAGGCUCUGCUGCUCUGGGUCUGGUGUCCUCACAAUAAGAAGAGUGGAGGCUGGCGACACUGGGACAUACACGUGUGUCACGGGGGCUCUUCUCGGCCAGCAUGUGUGCAACAACAGUCUCACCGUGUGCGAGGCAGACCUCUGGAAGAAAAGUCAGAUUAGCAAGAGGUACAACACGAUGACAAUGCAACUGUCAGUUACGCACUCGCUGAAGACAUACCUCAUACACGUUUAUACUGGAAUUGAAGAUAAAGCUGGAACAGAUGAAGCCGUUUCUAUUACAAUCCAUGGAAGUGCAGCGAAUCCUGCAACGGAUCUAACUUCCUCCAAGACACACAACAAUCCUUUUGAACAUAAUCAGAAGGACACCUUCAUUCUCAAAUCGAGAGACAUUGGGAACAUAACGAGGAUUAACGUAUCGCAUGGUGGUGCUUGGUAUAAACCCUUAUCAGGCUGGAACCUUGAUAAGAUUGAGGUGGAAGAUGAAGAGUCCCAUACCACAUUUAUGUUUCCACUCAAUGACUGGAUCGAUGGAGGGUCUCGUGUUCUCCAUGUUCAGAAAAUCAUAAUGAAUUCCCAAUUUCAAAACCACGCAAAGGAAGAACAUUGCAUCCGUGGUAUAGUGGACAUGAAGACUCUGUGCGAACAACGUUUUGCAUUCCGACGUGUAACAGCCAAGCCAUUUACAUCUUCUACGGAACCAAGGGACGAUCCAUUAAACUCGGCGCUUCCCGAUAAUCACCGAGCCGGGGCAAUCCACGACAGGCGGAACGUGACGGUUCCAGCCAUUGCAGGAACUCUGAUAAUCUUAGCUCCUGUCGCUUUGGCUGUUGCAUGCCUGCUCUGUCAUUUGCGAAAAAGAAAAACAUUGACAAGCAUUAAGGAGAGCAGCCCCAGCGAAAUCAUUCGGAGUGAGAAUGUUUGUUAUAUAGGAGGACAUGCCAAUCCUGCCUCCCAAUACAAAGAAUCAUCUCCAGACAUAUUGUGUAUCUAUGAAAAUAUUUAGGUAACAUUCGCAUCAAGAGAAGGCCGCUCAUCCUGCAACCGAGCGGGUGAAGUCACAGGGACAGUUGGCAGUCACACGCGUUCCUGAUGAACGAACACAAGUGUGUGGAUUACAAAUGCUUUGCCUUCACAGGAAUUAACUUCCAAUUCCAAUCAUGAAAACACCUGCCAAUGAUAUAUAGCCAUAUAUAAAGUUGCAGACCAAUAUGAUUAUUGCUUAAUUAGAAGUAUACAAUAUUAUAUGUGUGCUUUUUAUUUAAAAGUAAUGUAAUAGUUAAACACAAAAGUAAAACACGAAACAAUACUGAAAAUGAUCAUGAUUUCAGUAAAUGCGAUGGAAGCCAUGUCAUUUACAGCUCAAGAUAACUAACAGUUUUCUUCAUUCCAAUUAAACUGACAAAAAUACAAAACCGUUACUCUAACAUGGACCUUUUUUAUUUCAGCCUUUAAAUUAAAUUGUAAUCAUUUUGAUCUUGUGUUUUGCUUGUGUGGUAAUCAAUAAAAAUGGAAAACUUGGGAUAACAUGAUGCACCUUUAUUUUGCAAACUACCCCAGAUGAGAAAUUAAAAAAAACUAUCACGUGGAGAUU